AUUACACCAAAGGGCCAUACCACUUCGCAGCCGGAUUAGGGUCUAUUCUGUCUUCUUCACAUUGGUCUCAUGUCCCAUCUAUGGAGAUGCUGAAAGGAUUGCUGCUGGCACGAGUGCCUCCUUUAGGCUGCUGCUUUUUGUUGACUGUGAUGACAUGUGGAGGACUGCUGUCAAACUGCAAACAACUGGGAUUACACCUAGAAACCCUAAGAGAGGUUUGGGAUGGCCAUCGUCUGCUCACACAUGUGUUGUGUGCACCUGAUAUCAUUCUCUUGCUCAUCUCCCUGCUUCUCCUCCUCAUUAUUUGUGGAGAGCUGGAGGAACAUCUGGGCACCCUGUAUUACUUACAACUUUCUUGCCUGUACACUGUGGGCUGUGCUGCCCUCUAUCUCCUAUUUUCCUGGCUCUUGCCUUCUUCUAUUGCCCCUGCCUCGGGCUACGUGGGCUCCCAGUUGGCUAUACUGACGGCAGAACGCCCAACACUGCAACGACGACUGGGCAGAAGGAUGAUGAUGUUACUACCCUGGUGCGUCUUGGUUACUAUAUUUAUCCUGUGCCCACAAUCUUCCCUGCUUCUCCAUGUGUGUGGAGUCAUUGCUGGUCUAGUGUUCCGCUCAGCAUCGCUCUCAUGUCUUCAGAAGUCAGAGUCAUGGAGAGUGACACUGGACAGAAUCCAAAUAUUUCAAAGUCUUGCAUUAUUGCCCCUUGCACGUUUCAUACCUUCAAGGAAUAAAGGGUCGGUGAACCCUGAUAGAGAAGAAGAGAGGGCAGAAGAGAGAGAUGUGCACCAAUCUGUCCUCCUUACGGAUGAGCAGCUGGCAGAAGUGUUUAUCCCAGAUGCCCUCCUUGCCAGAUUCACGGAGUCUCCUGUUUCCAUUCCAUUUGGAGAUCCAGAGGCACUCGAAAAUGAAAUGCUAAAGGCUGGGAUCCAAGCAUCUCUGAGGGAAUAUAAGCAACAAGAAAGAAUAAAGGAACCAACUCUACACAAGUCUAGUGUUUCAGCACUCAGGCUCCAGCAGCUUGAACAGAUGGGAUUCCCUACAGGACCUGCGGUGGUAGCAUUAGCAGCUACUGGGAAGGUGGACAGAGCGGUGUCCCUGCUUGUGGAGGGACAGGUUGGCGAAGACAUUAAUGUGACCAGUGAAAGAUAAGGAGUACUAUAACCAAGGAAAAUAUGUGCAAACGCUUCACAUAGCCUCACUGUGCUAUCAUAUCUUCAUAUCCAAGAAAAUAUGCCAAAAGAGUCAAUAGAUAUCUUUGCUAUCACGAUGUUGGUGGAAUAGCAUUUUGCCUCUUCGGGUGUUUACUAAACUUUGUAUUUGAUAAACUUUAGUGUCUCCAAUCCACCAAAAUCACUUUCAGGGCUGGCUUGAUAUACACAGUUUCCACCUGUGAAACAUAACAAAACAACCUGGAUUUCAAUUUAAAAAAUCAUUUUAUUUAUACAAUGUGCUCCCCUUCCAUGGAGGAUUAAAAUAAUAAAACGUGUAAAGAACAUAUAACAAA